ACAACAACUAAUCAAAACGGCGUGAAUGACACUCAACUAGGAAGUGUGUGUUACCUAACGACCAUUGCCGGUGUAAACAUACUAACUUACUUGUAAAAUGUCGCGCGAAAAGAGUGUUAAAGUGAAAGAAGUUAUUACUUCUCUCUGUAAGUUGCUAUCUGCAUUAAGCGUCGAGUCAAUUCCGACAGCUGAGGCAUUCAGGAGAGCUAAAUUCAACAGAAAAGAUGCGGCAGUGGACAUGUGGAGUUUGUUAAGUAGGCUUCUGCAGAGAGCUUUUGCUCUGGAUUGUGCGUGCCGCGACUCUAAAGACCAAGAUUUUGAUGUGCAGCUGCUGUUUGUGAGGAGUGCUCUGUGUCACUGUGGCUAUGGGGCCCCUUGGGUGGUGGGGUCCCGGCCCCCCAGUCACAUGGAAGAGGUGGGGAGCGGAGAUCUGCUCUUGGCAUUCGGCUGGGUGCUGUCAUCAGGGAAUCUACUGGACUACCUGCUGGCUGAGAAGGUUCAUCAAUUAGAUACUCUCUCAUCUGCACCAACGAUCGCCCAGGGUCCAACACCAGGACAGCUUGACGUAGUGGCACAUGGACCAGGAGCAGAUACCACAAUGAAGAAGGACCAUGUACUACAGGCACUGCAGUGGCAAUAUGGGAAACUGAGGCUCCAGUGGAAGAGCUUACUCUCAGCCCAGGAGGAGAGGUCCAAAUUCACCCAUAGGGUUAUCUCCCAUAUCAGCCCCUCUGCUGUCUGUCAGCCUCAUGCCACUGGUUCCCAUCACAGCAACACGACAUCAACUGCUCUUGACAAGGAGCUGGAGCGGAUACAAGCAUUGAAUAGAAUUCUGGAGGCGUAUCUGGAUUGGAAACUCCACGAACCUUUAUUCUGGUGCUGGAUGGACAGCGUGAUCGACAGCUCCCUCACCGAUGCGUCUGAGGAGGAGCCUGUCGAUUGGCCACCAGAGGAGCGGGCUGUCAAGGUGAGGUGUCCCCACGGCGAUGAGACCAGGAGAGCAGUCAGACAACUUGACAAGAUGUUGCUAAGGCUGCAGACAGAACUGAGAGCUAGAAGAAUAGAGCAAUCCACUCUCACACCCACCUCACAGGGGGGACGUCAAGGGGCUUCUCGGCUCUCUGAAAGUCAGAGAAUGGAGAUGGAGAAGAAGGUUUCAGGCUAUUUAGAGGGUCUACGUCUUACUAACACCUCCGCAAUCACAUCAAGAGGCUUUUUGCCAUGUAUCCAGGAUCCACAGCCCACAAAGCCACCUCACAGUUUCCACACCAGAGAACCUGGCCUGGCAGUGACAGCUGGGAAGCUCCAGGCAUCGACGGCUCUGAAUGAGCUGAGGGAGAGGGAGGCUGUACUGCAGUGGCAGCUGGAACGAUUGAGGCAAAAUAUGAGAGUGGAAAUGCAGAGACAGGCCAGCACAAUGGAAGGGAUGGUUCUCAUCCCACCACUUAAGAGAUAAACACACUUUUUGUGGCACUGUAUGCACUGGGAUUCUGACAUAAAGCUGGACAGACUGCAUUUUGAAUCCCUGAGUGAGGUGAACAUUAGUUUUUCGCUUUUUCAGUGGAAUUAAAACUAAUUAGUUACUAAUUCUAACCAAAUUAGAGAAUGGUUUGUUAUCAGUUUUUAUGUAUUUAAAAAGACUGCCGCAAUGUGAAUGUCUGUGCAUGGAGA